UUGCGAUUCGGAUUGGGCACACAGGAAGAGUAAGGUGACACGGCAUACAAACCCCGUCCUCCCCUUGACCCCAGAUACACCCAGCUGGUUAUUACGGAUAUUCUUGCACCAUAAGCAUAUGCCUCUCUAAUCUUGCUACCACUCACCUGGCCCUUUUUUUACCUUUUUCUUUCUUUUUCUCUGUUUCCUUUGCUUUUGCACUGGACUAUCCCUAAGUUACCCAUGCCGACCGUCACCACUACCCAACCUAAUCCUGUUUCUACCGCCAUACCCACUACACCGGCGCUGCGUCAAUCUCUAAUUAUGGCAUCUAAAAAUCCUACCCUGUCUGAAAAUGGCCAGGAUCUUUUACAUUCUCCAUCCCUGGAUCAUUCAAUAGAAAAUAAUCACUCAUCACACGUUAGAGACGUCAUCUCAACUAAUCGCUAUACCCCAGAUACACUUCAUUCUCCGGUAUCUGCCCAUACCGACAAACAUCUGACAACGCCAGACAUCGAAUCGCCCUCGUCGACAGCCGGUCUCACACGCGCGCUCGAAACAGACGACGAACUGUUGACAGAAAUCAUUAACAUUUCAACAAAUAAUGGAUCCCACUUGUUCUGGGUACCUGCAUCGCAACAUCCGGAAUUGGCACCUGCCGAAUUCGAGAAAUAUGUGAGGAACCAUGGACUGGUGGAUCGAGCCAAAACGAGUAUGCGACGACGUAAAUCCGUUUUAUCAGUCUCAUUCACACCGGAUGAGGAACCUAUGGUGGAUAAAGGCGCCGAUCGAGAAGCGGCCCUGGCAUCGCUGGAAGCCACACCUCGAACACGUUCCAGUUCAGUCCGUAUACCAAAUAAAGAUCGUACAUCGGACCCGAGUGAUGAUAAGUCAAGAACCGAAGACGAUCAUGACGAAACUCGCCGAAAGGAGAAACUUCGACGAAGUAUGAGUCUACAGUUACCCGCACCAGGAGACGAAAACCGAAUACCCGAUUUUCUCGUUUUUGAUCGUCACUCGUCGCCUUUAGAUCGAUCUUCGGUCAUUGUACCGCGAGCUGAUCGUACUUCAUUACUGCGACGAGGAGCAAGAACCAAGUUCCAGAGAAACUCCUCAGUAGCGGUGGAUCACGGUAGUGUCAGUCCAAAGAGACCAUCUGAGCGAAAUUUGGAUGUGCAACCAGAGCGCGAAGAUCUGCAUGCCAGAAACCACGUCUGUGAUGUCAAUGUACCUACGACAGAUCCAACCAUACCAUUCAAAGAGACACUCCCAGAAGCUCCCGCACCAUUAUCCUCUCCAUCUUCCUCGCCAAUGUGCUCAACGGAAGAAGUCCCAGACGAAGUUCAAAUUCUGGCGGUCCGAGAAGAAGAAAAUCGGAUACCGAAUGAAAAACGGCCAGAACGCAAAUCGACCUGGACAUGGGCUUUUUGGUCGGAUGAAAAGACAAAGAAACCCAAAACAGACCAGCCUACCAAGUCAGCGGAAGACAGGUCAAAGAAGCGAGACUCACCUCCCGAGGUGGCCGCAGCCAUCCCCUCCCCUUCUCCCACUCCCAGCAGUAAAAAAUUUGGUCUCUCAUCGUUUUUCCGCAAAUCCUCCUCCAGCAGCAUCAGCCACACUUCCACUAAAUCGAAUCCCUCUGACACCACCCAAACUCCCAACGUCACCGCUCCUGCCGACUUUCAACUCAAUCGAAUGCAAAAUCGACUCCCCAUUCACAUGGAGCGUGCUAUUUAUCGCUUAUCACAUAUCAAACUAGCCAACCCUCGACGACCGCUGCAUGAGCAAGUUAUUAUUUCCAAUAUGAUGUUCUGGUACCUGUCCAUCAUUAGCUCCCAAAAUCAUGGUGGUGAGCAACCUUCCAAAGCCAAGAUGGUGGCUGCCACCAAAAAGCAGAGAAAAUCUCGAUCGAGGCAUAACUCGCGACCGAAUCAGCAAAUGAAAAAGAAGGAAGUGCCACUGCAACAAUACAUGAGUAGCACAAAACAGUCGACAGGGUUUGUGAUACCGGACAACUAUCUUCGUACUGGUCCGGAAAACCACAAGAUGGCCCACGCUCGGAAAAACAACAGUUCCGACGAUGAGUCGGAUGAAGACGAUAUGGAGGAGGACGAUGACUUGGAUGAAGAAAGCUCUUCGGAUGAAGACGAUAACUACAUCACAAAAAAGAAAGUCACCACGCGCCCCAAACUCCCUCGACCGUCUUUGAAAAAGCGAUCGGCCAAAGAAGAUGAAGAUAAUGUGCCAUUGGCUAUGUAUAGAAAAGAAAAAACGUGUUAAAAGAGUAAAAAUAAACGCAAAACAAAGGACAAAAAAGAAAC